AUGGUUUCUCUUGUCCAGAAACUACUUACAAAGCAAUCUGUCAAAUAUAUUAUCCCUACUUUUAAUAAACUACAUCCCCCGAAUCUCAUACCUCCUCUCUUCACUCUUCCCCAUCUCACCGAACCCAAACCACUCCAUCCCCACAACCACAAUGUAAAUCUCGAUUCGGAUUCGGAUUCGGUUUCUUCUCUUUCGACCCCGAUCUUUCCAAGCUUUCCAUUUGGGUUUUCUCUAAACCCUAUUUCUUCAACUGGGUUUGUGCCUUUCGUGGCUAGCGACACUCCGAUGAUGAUCUGGGCUGAUAGCAUGAAGAAGAAGAAGCGAAAGAGGAAGAUGAACAAGCACAAGUAG